AUGACCCAAAAAUUCGAAACUUUUGGGCAGUAUUUUCGGAAAUGCAUUGAAUUGCGGUAUUAUGUCCUGUACCACAUACUACUUUGGACAAAAGGUUCUAAUGAGAUGAUGAUGAUAAUUAUAUUCUGCACUCCUUUGCUGUCAAAAUUUUUCUUGUCUUUGUGCUUGCAUUUGUCAGUUGUGUUCUAUGUUUCUUUGUCUGGAAGGUACUGCAAGGGUUUUGCGGCAGGAGUUUACUGUGUGGACUGUUGCGCAUGCACAGAAUGCUUUAACAAACCCGAAUAUGAGGAGAUUGUGCUUGAUACACGACACCAAAUUCAAUCCCGUAAUCCCCUUGCAUUUGUCCAAAGAUUGUCAAGUCUGUUACUGACUCUCCAGCAAAUUAAAUGGAAGGUGGGAACUGGACGACACCAUCCUCAGCCAGGCACAAAAGGGGCAGCAAUUGCAAGAAGUCAAAUUGCCUUAAAAAAUAUUGUGAAUGUUUCCAGGUACAUGUUGAUGUUUGUUCCUAGCUCUAUGUUAUACCAGAAACUGCAGUCGCUUUUUCAGAGCUCGCUGCAUUGACUUCCAAGUGAAGUGGCAUGGUGGUUUGAAAAAGGAAAAAGUCAUGCUGUUGGUUUCCUGUUUUUCUACAAUGAACAAGAAAAUAAUGCUCAUUUUCACUCGAAAUGGAAGUCAGAGUAGCAGGUUGGAUCACCGUGGAUUUUGUUUAGAAAACUUGUUUGCUCUUAUUAAAGGCUAGAGAUGGAUGUUCUGAUGGAUGCAGAUGUGAGAAUCCAUGCCAUCAGAAACUUGAAACCAAAAGGAGACUGUUACUGCAGAUUCCAUCAAGGCUGGGAGAGUGCAAUGCUCACCAAAUUGGGAAGAACUUGUGAAUAUAAUCCACGGAACUCCACCUGUGUCACAUCAGAACUUGGGAUCAGUGACUUAUUCCAGCAAUCCUAUUGCCGGGAACUCCUCAAAUGUUUCACAAAUUGAUCUACAUUGCAGGAGGAGUUACCAGUCUUCAGUCGGUUACCCUCCCUGGAGUUGUUCACCAUUGAGUCUUGCCGCUGAAUUAUCUGAGGGCAUGCCCCCACAGGAAUUUGGUUGUCACAUCCCUCAGUAUACCAUACUGAAGGGCGGUGACACGCCUGAGAUACUCAGAAUAACUUCUACUCCCUCCAAGGCAGGUGAAUCUUACUCGCCAAAUAAAAAACGAAUAUCACCGCCUCAACAUCAACCACAGGGAUCAAAAUCAAGGUAUUUACCUAGCUUGAGAAGCGGCCGCAAAUUUAUUUUGCAAUCCAUGCCCUCUUUCCCACCUCUCAGUCCAUGCAAUAAAAUCUAAAGAUUGCUUUGACGGGCCUGAGAAGGAUCAUAAAGGCAGUUAGUGAACGGCAUGUGCAUGUUGGUGCAAGUCAUUGGAUUGUUAUUUCAUCUUAAACUUUGAUUAAUGCUAAAAGGCCUUGCUUCUUGAAAGCAAAGUAAAUCAUCUCAAAGUGCUCUUCUCAGGUUGAAAGCCAAGAAACUGCCUGCAAGUACAGAAAAAUGAAAUCUUUAUGCGGCCAAGACUACAAGGAAGAAUUAUUGCAGGCAGAGGUGCUAUUUAUUUGCCUUGUCACCCUUGUAGGGUUCAGAAAUUUUGCUGGUAGCCUACACAAGUAGCAAAUGGAAGAAUCCUUUAGUGAUAAAGAUAUUCCUUCCAAAAUAUCUGUUACAUAGAGCAGUUUGUUAAUCUUGAACAUGUUUGGUCAUCUUACCGAUGCCAAAAUGGUGGAUUUUGUCAAUAUUGGUUACCAUGCAUUGCUGCAGUAGAAAGAAAUUCUUUUCUUGUUGAACGUAUAUAGUCAAUACAUGGUAGUUAAUCAAAAUUAUAUUGUGUCCAUAAACAUCUGAGAAGAGAACCAGACAGGCAUGGUCGAUAAGGGGAGAUGGGGAAAUAGAGAGGGAGAGAGAGAUCAAAACCUUACUAGCUUAAAUAUCAUAUCAGGUACCACAUUAUGAGCGAGAACCCUUAAGCCCCAGCCUCGCAGUGAGCCAGUUGCGGACCUCGUCACUGCAAAAUCAAUCCAUUCACAAAAUUACUUUCUUGCUUUAUAUGUUAGCUACAAGUAGCAAAAUCCAGCGGAUUGAAGAAUUAAAUAAUUAUCCAUCAUAGAAUUUAAAUGUGAAGUGCCGGAAUCCUGCUGCAUAUAAGAAAUUGGUUGAGUUCUCU